UUUUUUUUUUUUUUUUUUUGUCAUCCGUAUGCUGUGAUUGGAUCGAUCAAUACAUUGCGUGGAAAUGACAUGUCUAAUAUUGAUUGGUGGGUGCUAUAGCUAGGUCCUCUACAGGUGAGUGUCUUUUUCUAGCUCAUUUUAUUCAAUAGGAAAAAUAGAAUACUAGUGCUACUUUCUUCUUUCCAAGUUCCAAACUUACCAUUCCAGCUAUUUUGCAUUUUUGAGAGCAUUUACUACCACACAACUCUUUGAUCUGACCAGCAAUACUUGAGUGACAAUGGCCGAGGCACUUCUCCUAAUUGUGCUUGAGAAUUUGAACACUUUUAUCCUACGGAAGAUUGGAUUGCUUUGGGGUCUUCACAAGGAGAUGAAAAAGCUUUCGAUCACGCUCACUGCCAUCAAGGGAGUUCUUGAAGACGCUGAGCUGAAGCAACUUCAAGACAAGUCCAUCAAAAUUUGGUUGCGGAAGCUCAAACAAGCAGCUUAUGAUAUAGAUGACGUCUUGGACGAGUGUGCAACCGAAGCUGCCCGAUUGGAGUCUAAAGGCCAAAAUCUUGGAUCGCUUCAUAAGGUACGCAGUUGUUUCUUAACAUGUUACUAUCCUGUCGAUAAUGUCCUGUUUCGUUACAAGGUUGGGAAUAGAAUGAAGGAGGUUAUAGAAAAUCUAGAUUCAAUUGCUGAGGAACGGAGGAAUUUCCGAUUGGAUGUGGCUGUUGUCUCACCGAAUCGAGCUGGAAUUCCUGAAUGGCGCGAAACCAGCUCUUUUGUAACUGAAACACAGGUGUAUGGAAGAGCAAAUGAUAAAGAAAUUAUUGUGGAAGUGCUGGUGAAGCAUGCAAGUGAUUGUCAUGAUGUUUCGGUUCUUCCUAUACUUGGUAUUGGAGGGCUCGGAAAAACAACGCUUGCCCAACUAGUGUUUAAUGAUGAGAGGGUAGUUGAGCAUUUUGAGAUGAGGAUUUGGGUUUGUGUUUCUGAAGAUUUUGAAAUUAAGAGGGUCAUAAAAUCAAUUCUAGCAUCAAUGUCUGGGAAUUCUUGCGAAGACUUGGAGCUAGAUAAUCUCCAUAGACUGCUUCAAGAUAAAUUGAAUGGAAAAAAAUAUUUGCUUGUUUUAGAUGAUGUGUGGAAUGAUAAUCAAGAAAAGUGGGACAAGUUAAAAUGUGUACUAGCAUUUGGAUCAAGGGGCGCUUCAGUUGUCAUCACUACUCGUCUUGGAAAUGUGGCAUCAAUUAUGGGAACGCUCCCUCCAUAUCGUUUGUUGGGUUUGACAGAAGAUGAUUGUUGGUCAUUGUUCAAGCAACGAGCCUUUGGACACGAGGGUGAAGAACGUCCGGAUCUUGAGGAGAUUGGGAAGGAGAUUGUGAGAAAGUGUGGGGGAGUGCCUUUAGCUGCAAAGGCUCUAGGAAGCUUAUUGCGCUUCAAAAAGGAAAAAAGUGGGUGGCUUCGUGUUAAAGAUAGCGAAAUUUGGAAUUUACCGCAAGAUGAAAAGUGCCCCAUAAUGCCCGCACUAAGAUUAAGUUACCAUAAUCUUCCAUUGGAGUGUAGGCAGUGUUUUGCUUAUUGUGCCAUCUUUGAAAAGGAUUCUAGAAUCGAGAGGGAUCGUGUAAUUCAUUUAUGGAUGGCGACUGGCUGCAUUUUCUCUAAUGGAACUCCGGAAGAUAUUGGUAAUGAGAUAUGGAAUGAAUUGCAUUGGAGAUCUUUUUUCCAAGAGGUGGAGAAUGAUAGAUUUGGCAAUAUUGAAAGUUUCAAGAUGCAUGAUCUUGUUCAUGAUCUUGCUCAAUCUAUUAUGGAAGAUGAAUGCCACGUGAUGAAGGUUGAAAGGCCAGAGCAUAUGCCAAAUAGGAGUACUCGUCACCUAAUAUCCGUUCAUGACUCCAAAGUAUUAGAAAAUGUAGAAUCCUUAAGAACAUUAUUUGUGAAUGUGUUUUCUCUUAACGUCAUGAAAUUUAAUACCUUACGAGUUUUGGAUGCAAGUGAAACUUGUAUAAGUGAGCUACCAUCUUCAAUUGGAAAUUUAAUCCAUUUAAGGUACUUGAACCUUUCCAAGAAUGACUUUAUUACACUCCCCGACACAAUAUGUAACUUGCUGAAUUUGCAGACCUUAAACCUCGAAUAUUGUGGGAGUCUUGAGAGGUUACCCAAGUACAUGAGACGCUUGACCAAUCUCCGACAUCUAUUUUUGAAAGGCUGUUUUUGUCUAACACAAACAGCUCCGAAAAUUGGGCAAUUAACCAGUCUCAAGACAUUAAGUCGUUUCAUUGUGGAUGGGAGGACUGGUUGUCAUUUGGGUGAAUUGCGAGGCUUAAACAUUGGAGGAAUAUUACUGAUUAAAUGUCUGGAGAGGGUGGAGAAUUGGAUGGAUGCUAGAGAAGCCAAUUUAAUCGAAAAACAGAACAUCUACAGCUUGUUUUUGUAUUGGACCUUUGAAGUUGAAUCAGAGUCGUCAUUGGCAGAAAAUGCUGAACGGGUACUUGACGCUCUGGAACCUCACCCAAAUAUUAAAGAAUUGAUCAUAGACAAUUAUCCAGGUACCUCUUUCCCACUUUGGAUGAGGGAACCAGUGCUUGAAAAUUUAGUGAGUGUUAAACUCUUUGGUUGUAAGAAUUGUCAAAAUCUUCCAUCAUUUGGUCGAUUGCGUUUCCUAAAAGAACUGACAAUAGGGUGGAUGAAAGAUGUGAAGUACAUAGACAAUGAUGAUUCUGGCCACGGUGGAGCAGCUGGAAUGAAAUUCCCUUCUCUGGAGAGGCUUGAUAUUUAUGGAUUGUCAAGUUUGGAAAGGUUGUCAAGAGAGGAAGAAAAAGAUGUUGUAUUAUUCCCUCGUCUUUCCUUUUUGGACAUUAAAGAUUGCCCUCAACUGACAUUGCCAUGCCUUUUGUCACUCAAUCAUUUACGUGCAUGGGGAUGCAGUGAUGUCUUAUUAAAUUCAAUCUCAAAUCUUCCUCGUCUUAGCAUUCUUGAGAUUCAGAGGAAUCAUCAGCAACUCUCCUACCUGGAAGGGUCGCUACAGAACCUCACUGCUCUGAACUCACUGCAUAUCUAUGGAUGUCGCGACGCAGAGCAAGGACUACAACGUCUCCUAUCUUUUGGUUUCCGUGGAAUUAAUGAAUCCUGGUCCGAGGCAAAGCAGUCCUUCCAAGCCCUUGACGCUUCAACUGUUGAGGGAUGUCCAAAGCUCGUUUCUCCACCGGAGGAUUGUAUUAAUUGUAAACACCUCCAUUCCCUUAGACGUCUGGUAUUUUCCGACAAUUUGAACUUGGAAGAUUUGCCGGAAGCCUUACAGCAUCUCCCUGCACUGCAAUCUCUACACAUCAUCAAUAAUAAAGAGUUGAAAUCGUUACCUGAGUGGUUGGGAAAUCUUGCAUCUAUUCAAAAAUUGAGUAUUUGGCGUUGCCCUAAGGUUGGGUCACUUUCAGAUACCAUUCAAAGCCUAACCAAUCUCACAACUUUGGUAAUUUCGGAAUGUGGUGACCAACUUAAAAGAAGAUGCGAGAAGGGAACGGGGGAGGAUUGGCAUAAGAUAGCACACAUACCAUAUGUUCGCAUAAAAGAUGAGCUCAGAACCUCUUCGUAAAUAGCCGUUUCAUGUUACGAAGGACAAGUUCUUCUCAAUAUCAAAUAUAUAUAUAUAUAUAUAAUUAUACGUGUAUGUGUGUCAAAUUGUGCAAUAGAAUUUAUGUUUUCUUAUCAAUUAACAAAAUUAAUAAUAAAAAAAAUAUAUCUAGAGUUCAAUCUUCUCAAAUUGUGCAAUAGUCUUGUGUGAAUAACAGAAUUUAUAUUUUCUUAUCAAAUUAUAUCCGUCCAUUUGUGAAGGGUAAUGUGGGUAUCCAAAUGUGGAAGGAAAUCAACAUUCUUUACUUUUUGCCAGAAUCUUUCUAUUCACUUAUCAAAAUGCAGGCUUUCUUUGGGCUUGUGUUUCUUUUUACUAUUUAAAUUUUUUUAUAAAUUUUCUCUUGAUCAUCUAUUUAACCAAUUUUUUUUUUUUCAUUUAUAAAAAUCCCCAAAUAGCCUUAAUAAUUUUUGUGCAUAUAAGUAUUUUAUUAUUAUUAUUAUUUAGGUAAUUUCACGAAAUCCCAACACUAUCAACUUUUGCAUCAAAUACCUCCAAACUAUUUUAGAAAACCCCCAACACUAUAAAAUUUGAUCACAUUACACCAACUCUGUAUUAAAAGGACGAAAAUACCCUUAUGAUAUACCAAAUCAAUUAAAAAAUAAAAAUACUUAUCUUGCCAUUUACAAAAAUACCCUUUACCAGGGUACAAAACUCCGUCAUUUUGUGUUUAUAUCAUAUGCAUAUGUACAUAAAUUAUUCACCUCUCCCUUUGAUCUCUCUAUUCGAUUUAACCUUGAUUUGAAGAUCCAAUUGUGCAAAGCCCUAUGACGGUGGUGUAUCAUCUCCACAGCGGUGUAAUGUCCAAAUGAAACCCCCAAUAUGCUGGUGCAAAAGGCAAACAUGCAAGACAUACAUUUUGAUCCGUCAACAAAAACUUUGAAGAUAUUGAAAGAAAACAAGAAACGAAAUGAAAAAACAGCAUACAAUACCCACUAGAAUAAUAAGUCGUAUGAUUAAAUCCAACGCUUAUUUGGAAAUUCUUUGAAUCUCAUUCACUAUUUGUAUAGUAGCAUUUUAUUCUUAAAAAUUCAUCAAAUUGAACAAAUUCAUUUGCCUCGAAGUACGUCAGAUUACCAUCAACAACGGGAAAGGGAGAACAUUGAUGUCCUCCGCAUCUGCCUCGAAGUGGAGAUAACCACUGUCGAACAACUUCAUCACUAGUAGCUCCCGUCAAUACUCGGGUCGGGUGACUCCCGAGAAUGUGACUGAAUCACCGAACGAGUAGCUCCGGUCAAUGCUUGGAUCACUCCUGAAUCACUGUCCUACUUUAUGGAUGUGUUUCCUCAACAAUAAUUCAAUAAUUGCUUUAGUUGGAAGUGCAGAUUUGUGAUGGCCAAACUUGUAGAACAUGUUAACAUUGCUCAUGUCAAUACUCAGGUCACUCCUAAGAAUAGGACUGUUACCGUCAUACUUUAUGGAUGUGCUUCCUCCACAAUAAUUCAAUAAUUGUUUUAGUCGGAGGAUGCAAUGAUGGAUUUGUAAUGGACGAACUUCAACUUCAAGAUUUUUCAAACAUAGAUUUUGAAUAGUGAUGGCCAUAAUCUUUAAUAAUGGCGGCCGGGUGAAGGAAAAACAGACCACCCUCCUCCCGUGCAGCCAAGGAAGAAAAUCUGUAAGUUUCAAUACCCAUAUACAUAUAUACGACAUAUUAUGUGUGUGUUUUAGAGCUGGUUAGUGAUACAUGGACAAACAUGCCAUGUGGGAGGGAAGCCAUGUAGGUGAUGAGAGUAAUGUGAGUGGGUGAGUGAAGUAGGAGGAGGAUUUUGGAUUUUAUAUAUAUUGUAUGUGACUGAGCAGAGCACAAGUAUGUGUAUUUUAUAUUUGCAUAAUAUAUGUAUGUAUGCAUGGGGAUAUACAUACUUGUAUGUAUAGGCGUAUGCAAGUAUGGUGAGGAUCAUCUAUGAGUAUUUUGUUUGCCAAACCCAAAACAGAACAAUUAUACAAUAGUAACAAUACUAACUGGCUGGUUCCUCAUAAUUAAGUAAAAAGAUUAUAUAAUUUGCAUUCCUAAUUAUCAAUCUUAGCAAUAAGAGAUCUUGCCAUUCAUUGAACUGUGCCAAAGUUUUUCUAACCUAGUCAGAUUUGUUAAUCUAGGAAAUUAGGAUUUAUAGAAUUAAAAAUUAUCAUUAAUCGGAAAAAUCAGCAUGAACUUGGGGCUUUGAGUACUAAGUUAAAUUGUUAGGGAAAUGAAAGUUUAAAAACUUUAUAAGGGAGUUACAAAACAUGGAUCUUGAUUCAUGUAUAGAGACAAGUUUUAUGCAAAAAUAAGAUGAUGAAUCAUUUAGAGUUUGAAAACUUGCAUCAAAGAUUUGAGUAAAUCUUAAAGUGAAUGUUCUCACUUAUUGUAGAUCAUUUCUCCUAUAAUCUACUACUCCUUGGUAGUGAUCUUUCCUUUAAGAAUCACCCAUUUAUCUCUAUGAAUGACCUUGGAGAUUAAACUUGUAGGAGCCUCCUCUAGAUAAG